GGAAGUUGCAGUAGAUAUCUGAUGAAUGAUGAACAGACCCCCUGCCCAGCCCACAGCCAUGGCCACGAUGGUGGCCCAGAAGCUCAGCCACCUCCUGCCCGGUCCACGGCAGGUCCACCAGGAGACUCAGCCGUCUGUGCCAUCAGAGCCUGUGUUCACCGUGGAUCGAGCCAAGGUGCCGCCCCUCUUCUGGAAGCCGUACAUCUACGUGGGCUACCGGCCGCUGCAUCAGACCUGGCGCUUCUACUUCCGCACGCUGUUCCAGCAGCACAACGAGGCAGUGAACGUCUGGACCCACCUGCUGGCCGCCCUGGUGCUGCUGCUGCGGCUCGCCAUCUUUGUGGGCACUGUGGACUUCUGGGGAGACCCCCAUGCCCUGCCCCUCUUCAUCAUCGUCCUCGCCUCCUUCACCUACCUCUCCCUCAGUGCCUUAGCUCACCUCCUGCAGGCCAAGUCUGAGUUCUGGCAUUACAGCUUCUUCUUCCUGGACUAUGUGGGUGUGGCCGUGUACCAGUUUGGUAGCGCCCUGGCGCACUUCUACUAUGCCAUUGAGCCCGCCUGGCAUGCCCAAGUGCAGACCAUCUUCCUGCCCACGGCUGCCUUUCUUGCUUGGCUUUCCUGCACUGGCUCCUGCUACAACAAAUACAUCCAGAAGCCUGGCCUGCUGGGCCGCACUUGCCAGGAGGUACCCUCCGCGCUGGCCUACGCACUGGACAUCAGCCCCGUGGCACACCGCAUCCUUGUGUCCCCCGACCCUGCCACAGACGACCCGGCUCUUCUCUACCACAAAUGCCAGGUGGUCUUCUUCCUGUUGGCUGCGGCUUUCUUCUCUGCCUUCAUGCCUGAGCGCUGGUUCCCUGGCAGCUGCCAUGUCUUCGGGCAGGGCCACCAGCUCUUCCAUGUCUUUUUGGUACUGUGCACACUGGCCCAGCUGGAGGCUGUGGCGCUGGACUAUGAGGCCCGGCGGCCCAUCUAUGAGCCUCUGCACACCCGCUGGCCCCACAACUUCUCUGGCCUCUUCUUGCUCACUGUAGGCAGCAGCAUCCUCACCGCAUUCCUCCUGAGCCAGCUGGUACGGCGCAAACUUGAUCUUGAUCGGAAGACUCAGUGA